GUUACAUCUCACCAUGAUCUUCAAGACGCACCAACCAUUUUGUUGCAGGUAAAUUUCUACGUACACAAUUUGCUCCACCACCCCCUUUCCUAGGCUCCUUACCGUGGAAGGAACUAGUCCAUGUUGAAAGUUUAACAACGCGUGGAACAGCUGGAACAGCUAGGACUUUUGGAAAGAAUUGCGUACCUACAACAGCGAACAUUGAGUACCAGUACCUACAACAAAGAAACAGAGAAGGUUUAACAAGGCAGGUGGAAAGGCAAGAAACAAGAUCAAGAAUUAAGAAGACAAAAAUAGUAAGCGAAGGAAGGUGAUUUCUUUCACUUCUACGCAGACGUACCUAUGUUGGACUACCUAUCUAUGAACUUGUAUACUUGUAGUCCCUAGUACGACGAAAGAUCAACAAGGAUCAAGAAUAUGCAUUCACGACCCUAGAAGAAUUGCAGCGGGUCAAGAAGAAUUGCAGCGGGUCGAACUUCAAAGAAGGUGUAAUUCUUUUGAUUGAAGAUGAAAAACAAUGAUUUUUUACAACUUUACUUCAGACUGUAUCCAUGCAACGAACAUGUUUCAUCCACUCAACAUUGACGCCUUUCACAUCCUAUUUUGUUCAGGUUCUUUCGAAAGCAACAAACAACCCCCGUCAACGAAAUUCUUUGACUUCGGACCGAGGCGCAGAAAAACACGAAACAGCGGGUACUACUACACAACUAAUAUUCAUCCGAGGCAAACAAAAUCCUAGAUUAAGAUUUGGAUUCCAGGACAUCAAGCACGACGAGGUCCGUUAAAAUCCCGAAUCCUAACACACCACUCUAUAGAUUGCCGGAAGCGAACAAGAGAGGAACUUUGAUAGACGAAUCGAGCAAGCACGCUGAGGCGAGAAGCACGUAAUUUGAAUUACAGACUUGCGACUUAUUCAUCGUGUAGUUCAUCUUCAGGAGCGUUAUAACUCACUUGAAGAUUAGAUUAUGAUGUUGAACUCGGAACAACGGGUAAAUAAAGAAAGGUGAACUUGAAGUUGGAGAACUACUAAGAUUUUUGCUCCUGAAAACGUAAAUACUCUAGGGCAUCAAACAAAUUCAGGUCCACCUCCGCUUUCCAGUUACAAGAAUUGUUUUCAGUUCCUCCGGUUUCUUCAGUGUCUGUCCGGACCACGAAGGCAGGUCAAGCACGAUGAUUCCAACGUCUUCCCAGCCCCUUUCAGGGGGUGCCCACCCUUUGAUCGCAACCCAAGACCUCGAAGGUGGUUUCUUUGGCGGAAAGGUACCGAGCCCCACAAGCGCAUUCUCUGGGCGCGAUGACAAAAAAAGAGGUUAUGACGAGGCUCCAACUCCAGCACGACGAUUAUUUUUGUUGAUGUGCGCAAGUUUUCCUUCUAAAAUCUACUCACACGUUCUUCUUAUCAUUUCAACAAAUGUAGUUUUGUUCCUUCAUCUAACAAGAAGAUACAUCAUGAAUGAAUUUGAAAAAUAGUUCUACUACUUGUUCUACUAUGCACUCAUGUACAUGUUGACAAUCACUUCUUCUAAUAUCUCGCUGGUGCCCUGGUCGUGAUCGACAAUCCUGUGACGGGUCGCGUCGUCGUCAAGCGCCAGACUCUUUUGGGUAUGGCCAUGCUUUGCAGCUUGGCUCUGUUUGGCCUCGUUUUCUUCAAAUUUUGCUGGCCCGGUCGCGGAGGUGCUGAUGUCAAAGUGGCAGGAGGAGUCAAAUUAAGGCAACCGUGGUUACAGUUUCACUAGUAGAAUUUGUAUAUCAAUAUCAAUGUCAUCUACUUCUGUUGCUGUAGAGAAUAAUUAUUUUUUCGUCUAAGGUCUACCUGGGUAUUUCAAGUUCAUGCAGCAUCUUCCGAAGCAUCUACUUACUCAUCUUUACUUCCACCUUGCUGAGGUAGGGAAAAAUAGCGUCGCCCUGAUUCAAAUCUUUGCGGUACAACAUUCUCUAAUAUUCAAAGAGGGCAACAACGACCCUUUCGGCCAAGCUGCAUUUGACGACGAUUUUGACCUUUUUGCUCCGAAAAAGAAGCAGACUUCGCCAACGCGUAAAAAACCGACAUCCAUUAAAUUAUGGCUACUGAGUGAAGUUGUCAUCUACUCUAUCAUGUCAGUCUAGUAGAAGUACUAACUUUUUUACUGUUUCUUCAUCGUGGUGACGAAGUAGAUAGUUCAGACUUGUUGUAACUGUUCGAAAUGAAAUGAGAUGACGAAACCUCUCCUCCAUCUCCAUCUCCUUCUCCUCCUCCCCCUCCUCUUCUAAGUUAUCCCCAAGUGGUUCCGGAGCGCCCUCUGUCCAACGCGUUGCAAAAGGCAUUGAACCAAACCAAUCGUGCAGUCUCUUCCCGAGAGAAGCUUGCGCGUGAACUAACUUCCUACCAUCACAGCGCUGAAGCAAGCAAAGACUCCAAAGCCAACAUUACCGCACACCUUGAUGCACUGGUACUAAAAAAACUACAUUUUUACGCCACCACACCUUGGUGCGCUGGUGGUACUGGAACAACUAUAAGUUUGGGCUUGAAGAUAGUUAUAGCGAAAUAAAUUUAAAUCAAUGAAAGGAUUAUUCAAGAGUACUUAUCAACAAGUCGCAAGCAUCAAAGAACAUGUAGUCUGUUAUAGACUCUUAAGCAACAUCGUCAACUCCAUUCUCGUCCUCUCUCAAGUCUCAACAUCAAAAUUUUCACCACAUCAACAGAUGAAGCAGGCAUCGGAAGGUGGACCCAACAAGACGCAACCUGUGAUGAACCAAGCUGCUUUAGCUGGUUUGAAAUUGAUGUCGCGAAUGACCGACCGCCUAGAGUUACGGCUCUUCACUAAAGUUCAUUUCUAGUUCGAAAUGCCAUUUUUUUGUUUUUCUCCCUGUUUCCCUCUACUUAGAACUCAACUGGGAGAUGAAAUGUAGGCAUCGAGAAAUGUUGAACUCUUUCGCGGUCUAAUAAAGCGCAGUCACAAACUUGUCGAUUUGUUCCACGGCCACUCGCUAUGGAUCGUUGCUGGAGGCUCGUCCACUUACAGUUUCGUAAGCCAAGUUCUCAACUACGUCAGGAACCAGGUAUUCAACUACGUCAGGAACAACCAGGUAUUCAACCACGUUAGAAACCAGGUAUUCAACUACGUUAGGAACCAGGUAUUAAAUUCAACUACGUCAGGAACAACCAGGUAUUCAACUACGUCAGGAACCAGGUUCUCAACUACGUCAGGAACCAGGUAUUCAACUACGUCAGGAACCAGGUAUUCAACUACGUUAGAAACCAGGUAUUCAACUGUACGUUAGGAACCAGGUAUAAUUCAGCUACGUCAGGAACAACCAGGUAUUCAACUACGUCAGGAACCAGGUAUUCAACUACGUUAGGAACCAGGUAUUCAACGACGUUAGAAAUCAGGUAAUACUCAUCUACAACUAGUAAUAGUAGGUAGUCGCUACUAGUACUUGUACUACUACACCCUUACUAGUACUACGACUACUUUUGAGUACGUACUAGUAGUGGAGGAUCUUGUUCAUCGAACUUCAUCUUCAACUAGAACAAGUGGCCCAUUGAUUGAAACUCUUUGUCAUCAUGAUCAUUGUUCAACGACUACCACAGAUCGAUCCUUCAUCAUCAAGAUCAACAUUGUUCAACAAGAACAACAACUACUACUACAGACCCUUGCCGGACGCAAAAUUGGACCUCCCAUGGCGACCGAUGGACCUGAGGUGGAGGCUUUGGGCCUAACCCUUCCUGGCGAGAUGGACAAAGAAUUCCACAGUUUGAGCCACCUUGGUAAGCGGACCAAGAGCGUCUUCUGGAAGACGCUUUCCGCUGGAGACGCCAUGCUCAGCGCUCGCGUGAAGACGCAACUGGUGUGGGAUGAGACCAAAAUUAGGGGUUCAAACUUGUUGGGAAGAUGAUCUCUAUGUUGGAGGAGCAUCUCUAUUAUGCUUUCUUCAAGUAGGAAAGCCAUACUAGAUAAUAAUGUUGAGUUCUUCUUGUCCUCACCGUUCGUUUUGCCUUUCUGAAUGGGGAAAGGCAUAGCGAACCACACAGUAAAAAAGAACACCAAGAGGAGCCUACCUCUAACAAAAUGGGCCCGGCUGCUUUCCAGGAUCCAGACCUGCGAGCCCGCCAGGAGAAAGCCGCUGGGGUCCAGCCGUUGUGGGACAGCAAGACCCCAGUGGAACUCUUCGUUGCUCUGCAGCCUUUUGUUAUGAUGUGGAGAAGGCCAUGUCCAUGUCUAGAUGGAUCCUCUAAAUGUGAAUCUAUUUUUAGAUUUAUCUGUGCUGGGAUUUACCAUUACCACUACCACUACCAGCACCUAUUAGGUGUCAAAUGAAAACGAAAAUGUGCAAGAUCAUUAGCACUUCUUACCUACGUUCUUCAUUCUUCUACUUUUGUUUGAACAAUUGUCCACAACACCUUCAAGUGCCUCGAGGCGGACUCUCCUAUUAUUUGCAUCUUCUGAUGACUUUCUAUGGUGCAAUGCAUGCAGUGACCACUUCUAAUACCUUCGCUGCCGGCCACCUGAGCAAUACGCUCGACUCGCCGCCUGCACCGGAAGCAGAGAACUUCAACGAUGGGGUGACUGAUGCCUCUGCUUCGGACUCGGCUACUGACACAGCUGGCGCAGCCGCUGCCACCGCGACUUAUCCUCGUGCCAAAAAGCCGGCUCCGCCAUCGAAUCCUUACGAUCAUCACUUUUUACCCCCUCCGUAGGUACAACAAGUACGUAGUUUUUACUACAACGAGGACUACUAGUAGUAAAAGUCAAACGAAAGUGUACUAGGUCAAUAAAGAAUUUAGAUUUGCAUCCACGAUACGGAACAAAGGGAAACAACUCUUGUUGGAUUCAUUCUAGUAAGUAUGAUCUAGUACCUUCAUUCUACUAAGUAGUUUACCUUUAUUACUAGGAAGUCGAAGUUCUGAACCUUCUCCACCAGAUUUAAUAAGAAAAGUAGAUCUCCAGCUGCAUCUGCAUUCUCGGGUCGUCCUCACUAGACUCUACUAGACGCCUCGUCCUACUCUCUCUAAUAUGCGAACCCCGCAUUGAUGCACAGUGACUGGAAGCACGUGCGUCGUGGAACUGCCAUUUCUGCGGUCGAGCAGGACAACUUUGACAUCUUCCGCACUCAAUUUUUCUCCCGUAUCCUGUGGAUGUACGAACUGAGCUCGUUGCUUGCUGGAAUUGUUCAGGGCACCCGUGAGAACAUGCGUAUUUUCGCAGCUCGCAACCAAACGUUCACCGACUCCCGCGACAUCAAAGUCACCUUCGUUUUUUUCCCGCACCAGGAGUUUGGGUUUGCGCCAGCGAAAAACGCUAAAAAAGAAACCAUGACCCACAUGGACGAACAACCCUUAUGUUGACUCGCAAUGAUCACGUUGUUCUUGUUGUACUACCAAUAUUAAUUAAGAACAACCCAAGCCAACAUAUGACCCAAAUCACCUUGCUGUUGUUGUUGUACUACCAAAAAUAUUAAAGGUUACUUAGUUAUAGUUUAAGGUGGGUUGGAAGUUGACAAUGUUGACAUCUUUAUGCGCAUCUCUAUGGCCUCUUCAAGUAGGAAAGCCAUAGAUAUGCGAGCUUCCAACCUCUAGCGAUCGUCUUCGAAGUCGAACUGAUUAUCAACGUGCUCUUGUGAUGCAGCUUCGAUCACGACAAGGAUUCUCUUCUUGUUUUCCCUUAUAUCAAAAUCAGGCUACCAAAUACCAGAACCAUUCACACUGAGCAAUCGAACUCGAACUCCCACACAACAUGGCUCACCAUCCUCGUCUAAUUUUGUACCAGCAGCAAAUGAGCAGCGUCGCUCAUCAACCUGCGCCGCGCCACCUCUUCGUUCGCAUUCCGUUGUUGUGGUGCGUGCAGAACCUGGACCGUUGCAACCGUGGCCUCCAUGCUUUUAAGGUUUCCCCAAAUUCAUCUCUUAUAAGAUGUGCAUCUUUAUUGACACGUAGUAAGUUGUCAAGGGAAAAAGCGCUCAAAGAUGCGCUUCAAGAUGAAUAUUAGAGAAAAGGAGGUCUAAUGCCUGGACCAAGCGCGCUUUUUUGCACCUGAAGCAUCCGAUGCCAGGAGAGCGCAUUUCCUCGAUUUUCCCUCAAGAAGAGAGUUUUUUCUCCCUGGCUUUUUCCGGAAACGAGGAUGACGCGGAAGAGUCCCCGACUGAAAAUGGUAAUAUUUAUGUUGAUAUUUGAUUAACUAAUCCACUAUCGUCUAGAACAACUGCAUUAUGUUGAUAUUUGAAUUUAAUUAGUUUAUUUUCAGACAGUCGUUCUAGUAUUUUGCUUUUCGUUGGAGUAGUAGAGGUUAGAACUUUUUCUAGAUUCUAGUACGUAGAGAAACAAAAAUUGACUGAAAUUAUCCCCUAACUUCAACCAUCUGCUAAAAAUUUCGGAACUCCUCCUAUCUACUAACCUCAUAACUCGUCCUAUUUUCCACCUCACUCCAAACGACAUAACCUAUUAAAAAUUCCUAGGUGCGUCGGGCGGUGGAGCAUCUGAUGAGACUACCUCUGACACCCCGCUGGGUAACUUCGGGAUGGCUCGCAUUCGCGACACGGAGGACUUGCGUGAUGGUGCUGACGAGAGCUUUUUUUACGCUUGAUUUGAUUCAUCUCCCCAGAAGCAUAUAUUAUAAGUAUAAGAAGAUUAUAGAGUUAAUAUGAAUGAAGAAGAUCAUAGAGUUAAUAUCAUAACCAUGCAAAUUAAAAUAAUUGGAGCAUCAUUAAUUAUCAUCAUAGGAGGCAAAAUGAAUAAACCCAAAAUAAAUUGGAGCUCAUUCUAAUUCUUCUCUAUCCCGGAUAUCCUUCGCAUGGUACGCGAGCACAAGAUGCCGAUUGGUACGCUGCAUCCACGCGCAUCCAAUGAGGCAAAGCGUGAUAUGAUUCACGAGUUGCACACGCUGGCGAAUCCUGAGGAUCUGUAG